CAAUUUUUAUUUUCUGUCACAUUUUUAGUCUACAAAUAUUUGCAUUCACCAAUAUUUUUCUGCUGCUUCCACCUUGUUAUUUUUUAAUUCCAAUGGAUCCAACAAAAGUCGGACAUGUUCGAUUUCCACAAUAUGAUGGGCAACGUUUCCUAAUUGCAGUUAUAGCGAAAGAAGAAAUCGUUGCAGGGUUUGCUCUGGCUGGAAUUGGAGAAUCUCUGGGCAUGGGGAGCAAUCAAGUAAAUUUUAUGGUGGUCACUAAGAGUACACCUUUAAGAGCUGUAGAAAAUUAUUUAAUUACGGUCUAUUAUCGUUCCGACAUUGGUGUUAUAUUAAUUGAUUCUGAUAUUUGGUUCUUUCUUGAGCCCACAUUUAUUAAAAUUAAAAACAAAUUGUUACCCAUUGUGUUAAAAAUCCCAACGAAGCAAUUGCCGCCAAUGAUUGAAACUCAAAUUCAUUAGCUAGAUAAAUUAAAUUUAUAAAGAUAUUUUGAGAGAGAAAAAAAAAACAAAAGAA